GAGUGUGAAAGUCAAUAUCAUUUCUCAAUGCUUUUAUCAUUUAGCGAGAGAAGUGGAGCAGUAUGCGUUUGAGCUUUUCCUGAUUCAUAGAUUUAUAGGCUGAUGAUAGGGCCAAAUGACAAGAGAGAGAGAGAGAGAGAGAGAGAGAAGGGAGAUAGAUAAUCAAUAUCGCUAUGUUCUUGGGCACCCAACUGCAGUAAAUGUGCAUUUGGUUUUGAGUCUUUGCCUUUAAUUUGCCUUCCUGAAAAGCUAGAGAGAGAGAGAGAGAAAGAGAGAGAGCUUUAAGGUGUUUCAGAGUUUCAGGUGAUUGAAGGGAGGAAGACACAGCGAGCGAGCGAAGCUCUUUCUGAAGAAUUUCUCCGCAAAAUUCCGGCUUUUCUGGUCACUCUUGUUGUCCAUUUGUGGGGGAUCUGGAAGUUUGGGUUCUCGGAAUUUUGAGAUAGCAGAAUCUCUGGUUUCUGAAUCUUCAAGAAAGGUCAAAUCUGGGGUGUUUUUGUGUUUCCAGUCAUUCUUUUGAGCCCAAAUACUUGGUCUUUGCAUUUGAAUAUUGCAUAAAGCAAAGGAUUCUUGGCUUUCCGUCCUAAGACAGGGUGUUUGGUUUUUGAAAACAAAGAGCUCUCAUCCUGGGAAGCUUUAAUAUUUAUUCCCUUUUGCUUUUUUGAAAAGAGAGUUUGAAACUUGGCCUCCUUUUCUAGGGUUCUUGUUUGAUGGGCUAAGUGUACUGCUGCUUGUCUCUGGUGUUAAACUGGAGCUUUAUUCAGUUCUUCUUUAGACAUACUCUGUGUGAUUGACUGUACAGAAAAGAAAGCUUUCAUGCAUCUUUCAUUAUGGAAGCCAAUAUCUCUCUGUGCUGCUCUGAUAUUGGACAAAAAGAGCAGAAAGAGAGAUGGGUCUAACCAUUCCUCAGAAGAAGUUAAGAGGAACCCAUCAAUUCUGAGGAAAGUGAUAGAACACAAACUCAGGGAGGCACUUGAGGAAGCAUCUGAAGAUGGGUCUCUUGUUAAAUCCCAAGGGAUGGACUCUGAGGCCAUGGAAAAUCAAGAUGAGGGCUUGGGGAGAUCGCGGUCACUUGCCAGAUUACAUGCCCAGAAGGAAUUCCUCAAAGCCACUGCUCUUGCUGCAGAGCGCAUAUUUGAGUCGGAAGACUCCAUCCCGGAACUCAUCGAAUCCUUUUCCAAGUUCCUCACCAUGUACCCGAAGUACCAGUCAUCGGAGAGGAUUGAUCAGCUGAGGUCAGAUGAGUACUCUCACCUUUCUGGGUCUGGUCCCAAGGUAUGUCUUGACUACUGUGGAUUUGGGCUGUUUUCGUUUCUUCAAACUGUUCACUAUUGGGAUUCAUCUACAUUUAGCUUGUCUGAGAUUACUGCCAAUUUGAGCAAUCAUGCUUUAUAUGGGGGUGCUGAUAAGGGUACCGUGGAACAUGAUAUUAAAAGCAGAAUAAUGGAUUACUUGAACAUCCCUGAGAAUGAGUAUGGCCUAGUUUUUACUGUUAGUCGAGGAUCUGCUUUUAAAUUGCUGGCUGAAUCAUACCCUUUUCACACAAACAAGAAAUUGUUGACAAUGUUUGAUCAUGAAAGCCAGUCGGUUAAUUGGAUGGGUCAGGCUGCCAGGGAGAAAGGUGCCAAAGUUUACAGUGCGUGGUUCAAAUGGCCGACCCUCAAGCUCUGUUCAACUGAUUUGAGAAAACAAAUUUCAAACAAAAAGAGGAGAAAGAAAGACUCGGCAACUGGUCUUUUUGUUUUUCCUGUUCAAUCUAGAGUUACCGGUGCAAAAUACUCGUAUCAAUGGAUGGCUCUGGCUCAGCAAAACAAUUGGCAUGUCCUGCUUGAUGCUGGUGCACUAGGUCCCAAAGACAUGGAUUCCUUAGGAUUGUCUUUGUUUCGACCAGAUUUCAUCAUCACCUCAUUUUAUAGGGUGUUUGGGUAUGACCCAACUGGUUUUGGAUGUCUUCUCAUAAAAAAAUCUGUGAUGUCGAGCCUUCAAAAUCAGUCUGGCCAUGCUGGCUCUGGUAUAGUGAAAAUUACUCCAGUUUACCCCUUAUAUUUGAGUGAUUCGAUUGAUGGUUUCCCUGGAUUGGCUGAAGAUGGUGAAGCUGGAGGGGAUAGUGAGGUUAUCAAGGAAUCUCGGCCAGGGUCUCAGUUGCCUGCCUUUUCUGGCGCUUUCACAUCUGCCCAGGUCAGGGAUGUAUUUGAGACAGAGAUGGAGCAUGAUAACAGUUCAGAUAGGGAUGGAACGAGCACAAUAUUCGAAGAAACUGAAAGCGUAUCUGUUGGUGAGGUAAUGAGAAGUCCCGUGUUUAGUGAAGAUGAAUCAUCAGAUAACUCACUGUGGAUAGAUUUGGGGCAAAGCCCAUUGGGUUCAGAUAGCGCUGGCCAUCCAAACAAACAAAAGAUGGCCUCUCCUGUACCGCCGUUUUGGUUUGCCGGUAGGAGGAAUAAUAAGCGUCUAUCUCCAAAACCUUCAAAGAUAUUGAGCAGCCCAAUGUAUGACAAAGAGGUGAACCCAGGGCAUCGUGAAGACCAUAUGCUAUCAUUUGAUGCUGCUGUGCGUUCUGUGUCUCAAGAAUUGGACCAUUUCCAGGAUAUUCCUGAAGAAGAACAGUUCACUGAAGGAAAUCUUGGUUCGAGAGAAUAUAGGACCCCAAAUAACCGGCUUGUUCGUGAGAUAGAAGAAGUGGAAACUAGAAAACCUGAUCAAAUGAACUCUGCCGUGAAAGGGUAUGGUCUUAACAAGGCUUCUACUUCUGAACAUUUUCAGAAUGGUUCGACCUCUGAGAUAUGUCGUGAGAUUAAAGAUAGUGCUAUAAGAAGAGAGACGGAAGGUGAAUUCAGAUUGCUCGGAAGAAGGGAAGGGAACAAAUUUUCUGGCGGUAGAUUUUUUGGCAUAGAAGAGAUUGAUCAACCUGGGAGCCGGGGAAGAAGGGUUUCCUUUAGCAUGGAGGAUAACCACAAAGUUCGUCUAGGUCACACGGUGGAACCUGGGGAGUUAUCAGCCACGAGUCUAGAUGAUGAUGAGUACAUCAGUGAUGGGGAAUAUGACGGGCAAGAAUCAGACAGGAGAGAACCCGAGAUAAUAUGCAAGCAUCUGGAUCAUAUAAACAUGUUGGGUCUCAACAAGACUACUUUUCGAUUACGGUAUCUGGUUAAUUGGCUCGUGACCUCAUUGCUGCAAUUAAGACUGCCUGGUUCAAAUGGUGAGGACAGUGUAUCACUUGUUCACAUUUAUGGACCCAAAAUAAAAUACGAGAGAGGUGCCGCUGUUGCUUUCAAUGUGAGAAACAGCAAUUGGGGUCUUAUAAGACCAGAAGUUGUGCAGAAACUGGCCGAGAUGCAUGGUAUUUAUCUUGGCAUCGGCAUCCUCAGUCACAUUCGGAUUCUAGAUAGUUCAAAACAGCAGCGUGGAGCUUCAAAUCUCGAAGACACUGCGCUGUGCAAGCCAAUGGACAACGGCAGGCACGACUCAAAAAGCGGGUUUAUCAGAGUCGAGGUCCUCACUGCAUCACUCGGCUUUCUUUCUAACUUCGAAGACGUGUACCAAUUGUGGGCUUUCGUGGCUAAAUUCCUCAACCCAGACUUCAUCAAACAGACUCUCCUCCCUACCGUCGCAGAAGAGGCUGACGCUUGAAACCCGAACGCCAUUUCAACGCUUGAGCUUUCUUUCGCUGCGGGACAAAGAUGCAGAGAUCGACGUGCUGCCUUAAAGUGGAUGGCAAGAUUAAAGGUGGAUUCUUUAGCAGUACCCUCUGCCUCUUUGAUGCAUUUUUAGGAUAAUUUGUUGAUUCUUGUUUUGAUUUCUCAUUUUCGGCUUUUGGGAUUCUGAUGUGGAGUUGGAUUUAGGAAUUUGUAUAUCUUUAGGUAGUCAUGACGAACUAAAGCAUAUAUCAAUGGGUUCAUCAUCCUCUCAACUACAUUUUGUUAUUUACCAGGCUGUUGUUCUCUGCUGUAUAUAUACAUAUCAUUAUUUCUUCAA